GUUUAUUCGUUACUCGUACAAUAUUGAUAAAAGACUAAACAUGAGUGGUGUCGAGCAGUUACUGGCCUUAUUGGAGGAUACGGCUUUAUUGUUACAAAAGGCGCAAACUAAUUUAAAAAAGUGUCCAAAACAACGACUGACGAAGGGGUACGUGGAAGCCCGCUUACAAAGUAUUGAGGAGUAUUGGAACACUUUUAAAGAGGCUCACAAUAGUUUGGUGAGAACAGUGCCUAAAGAAAAGAAAUCUGAAAUAUCGUAUUUUGUGAACGAAGAUUUUUUUGUAUUUGAAGAUCUUUAUUUAUGCAUCAAGGCCGAUCUAAAAGAUCUUUUAAUAAACGCUAAUAAGAGUCCUGCCUAUGGAACAAGUUUGGAAGUAGCAAAUAACGCAAACGAGCAGUUAAAGCUGCCUAAAAUCUUGCUACCGACGUUUUCGGGGUCAUAUGAAGAUUGGCCCUCGUACAGAGACAUGUUUCAGUCAUUGGUGCAUAAUAACUCCGCGCUUGGGGAUGUACAAAAAUUAUAUUACUUAAAGAGUAGCUUAACUGGUGAAGCUGAAAAUAUAUUAAAACAUGUUCAGAUAACACAAGCGAAUUAUGAGCAAUCCUGGAAUUUAUUAAAUAAACGAUUUGGAAAUAAAAAAAUGAUGGUUAAUUCAAUAUUAAAAAGAUUAUUUAAUCAAAAGAAAAUGAGCUCACAAAAUUAUAAAUUAAUAAAGAACUUACUGGACACUACCACAGAGUGCCUUAAUAGUUUAAAAAACAUAAACAUAAUCACAGACUCUUGGGAUCCUUUAAUUAUAUUUCUGGUUGUACAGAAAUUGGACCCAGAGUCACAUAAGGAUUGGGAAGAGUAUGUCCAGAAUGAUACCGACAAAUUACCAAGUUGGGAACAAUUACAACAGUUUUUGCAAUUAAAAUUUCGUACUUUGGAGUUAUUAUCGCCAUCGACAUCUAAAGAAAGGUCAUUCCAUAUAGCGACGCCCGCAGUGCAAUUUAAACCCUGUCCAAAAUGUCAACUAGAACAUGCUUUAUGCCACUGUAAAGAAUUUAUAUCACUUACACCACAACAAAAGAAUGAGUUUGUUCGUUCCAAUAAUAUUUGCUUUAAUUGUUUAUGCAGUGGGCAUGUGGUGAGCAAAUGUCGUUUGCGGGUUUCUUGUAAGGUAUGUCAACGGCGUCAUCAUUCUUUGUUGCAUCAGUCAAUGGCCGUGGUCAAACCCAGCAACAUAGAAUCGCACUUUAAUCAGGUGGAGGAUGAGAUAGACGAAGAACAGCAGGAGCAACACUUGGAGGAACAGAUGGCGCCGGCAGAAUAACUGUACUCCGCACGCUAAUAGACCAAGGCUCACAAGCGAACUUUAUAAGCGAACGAGCUGCUCAACUGCUUAAAGUUAAACGUAAACCAUUGGCUAUAGAUGUAAGUAUUACGGGAAUAGGA